CGGCUGCACCAGCUUAAUUCGGCCAGAAAGCACACUCCCUCUCGCUGACAGCCUGGACCCGAGUUGAGCUCGAUAAUCCCGCGUUUAACUGAGUUUUUUAUCGGCUAACGGAGGGUAGCAGCCACUAGCGUCUGCCCCGCCGCCGCCGCUGCUGCUGCUGCUGCGUUCUCGGUCAUCAUGCAUGCACCGACACGUUUGUUCGGAUGAAACCAACACCCAGCCUCCCUCCCCUGUUCUCCUGCGAAAGAAGUGAUGCACCCAAGGGCAUAAACAACACAGCGAGCCAUGUCGGACUGAAAACAAACAAGCGCACGGGCAGGCGGGCAGGGCAGCGGAGAGGCUCCGCCGGCGGCCGUCAACUCACAGCGAGCGGAGCGGCUUUAUUUAGAGGGAGAGCGGAUCAAAAGCUGAGGGCCAGCCUCCACACACACACACAGACACACACACACUCUCUCUCUCUCACACACACACAUACAUACACACACACUCAGCCUGUUCGCACCGCCCUCCAGAGACCACCGAACAGGAUCAUUUUCGACUCAAACUUGGCAGCCAGAUCCAGCUAAAAUGGGAGAGCAGCCCAUCUUCAGCACUCGGGCCCACGUCUUCCAGAUCGACCCAAGCACCAAGAAGAACUGGGUUCCCACGAGCAAGCACGCCGUCACGGUCUCCUACUUCUUCGACAGUACGAGGAACGUUUACCGGAUCAUCAGUCUGGACGGGUCAAAGGCCAUCAUCAACAGCACCAUCACGCCUAACAUGACCUUCACCAAGACGUCGCAGAAGUUUGGUCAGUGGGCCGACAGCCGGGCCAACACCGUCUACGGCCUGGGAUUCUCCUCCGAGAGCCACUUGGUCAAGUUUGCAGAUAAGUUUGCAGAGUUCAAGGAGGCGGCGCGGCUAGCCAAGGAGAAAUCUCAGGAGAAGACGGAGCUCACCAGCACUCCCUCUCAGGAGUCUGCGCCGGGUGACCUGCAGUCGCCUCUGGCCUCGGAGGGCGUCAACGGCACAGACGACGAGAGAGUCACGCCGGAAACACCUCAGCCCCCCGAAGCCAGAGCAGAGCCCUCCCAGAAUGCACUGCCCUUCUCACACAGCUCGUCCAGCAUCAACAAGCACUGGGAGGCGGAGCUGGCGGCCCUGAAGGGGAACAACGCCAAGCUGACGGCGGCGCUGCUGGAGUCCACGGCAAACGUCAAGCAGUGGAAGCAGCAGCUGGCGGCCUAUCAGGAGGAGGCUGAGAGGCUACACAAACGGGUGACGGAGUUGGAGUGCGUGAGCGGCCAAACAACAGUGAUCAAGUCUCAAAAGACCGAACUCAACCAAACGAUAGAGGAGCUGGAGCUGGCGCUGAGGGCCAAAGAGGAGGAGCUGGAGAGACUCAAAGCAGAGGUCGAGAGUGCCAAUGAGUUCAGGACUCAGAGAGACUCCCUCACACAGAAGCUGCACGACACGGAGUCGAGGAACAGCACGCUGGAGGCUCAGCUGGGGGACCUGGAGCAGCGGCUGGAGGGCAUCCAGCUGGAGAGGGAGACCUUCCGGAAGAGCCUGCGCUCCCUGCUGGAGCUGCUCGACAGCAAGAUCUUCGAGCUGACGGAGCUGCGCGACACACUGGCCAAACUGAUCGAGGGCAGCUAGAAAGACCCACAACCCCCACCCCCCCACCCCCGCCCCCGCCCCCAGUGACAACACAGCAGCCAGCACUCUGAGGAUCUCUCCAAACCUGCAUGUCGGGCGCGUCAUCGUCACCCACAACUUGAAGUUUCUUUUCUCCCACGUUAAAGUUUACACACGACUUUAUGCAUUUAAGGCGCACACACAAACACACAAACAAACACACAUUUUGCUAUGUUGUUUACAAAAAAGGAAGAAAAAAAAACAGCCAAGUGAAGCCUUCUCUCUGCUCCACUCUGGAAACUUCUUUUCUUUUGGCUCCUUCGUGUCACAAACUGUUCAUAAAAGACGAUUUUCGCGUUGGUGCAACUGCUUUUUUUCUUCUUCUUCUUCUUUUUUCUCGUCUUCACUAAAAAUGAUGAGAAAAACCCACGUCAGCCAAAAUAACCUCCUCCACACUGAGAUUUUUUUUUUUUUGUUUUGCUUUGUGAACUCCGAGGCCAAAGCAUCGAGGAGGAAGAGGAGGAUGUGGCUUCGAACCGUGGAGGGAUUUGCCAAACCAGGCAGAGAGGAGGACAUCAUUAUGUCUUAUAUUCUUAUAAAAAUAUAUGAGCAAUACACAGAAAGAAAAAAAAAAAAAAGAGGGCGCAUAUCGAGGGUUAAUAAACACUUAUCACUCUCACUUUCAGGUACUUUUACUGCUCUCUUGGAUAGACCGCGAAGCAAGGCGGGAUUUUACUCAAUAGGCUUUUCUUUCUAUACACUUUUUUUUAAACAGAAUAUAACAAAUUCAUAGUGCACUUGUAAAAAAAAAAAAAUAAUAAUAAUGAUAAAGGAGUGAGUGUGUGACUGCGUGUGUGUGUGAGAAUCUGAUGUUUAUUUUCCCCUCCUUUCAUGUUUCCGUUUCCCCUUUUUAAUUUAUUGUUAAAAUUACCGAUUUAAUUCUGGUGUACAAAAAGCAAAAAUGUCUUUAUUUACAUCUCACUUUAUCUUUUUUAUCGUAUGGUACGUGGCUGUCAAGGGUUUUUUUUUUUGGUUGUUUUUGGAGAAACUGGCAAUAUUUUUGAAGUAUUUAUGAAAAAAAGGAAGGCUGGAAUUCCAGAGAAUCUGUUGUUUCCUUUUUUGCCAAAUAAUGUUUUCCUGUACAGAUUUUCAAUAUUUUGCUGAUGUUGCCUUUGGUACAGAGAUGCAUCAAUGGUAGCUAACAAGCGGUACUUUUUUUGGUUGUUUUUUUUUUUCCUUGUGGGAUUUAAUAUUGCCAAAAAUUAAAGAGGAAUACGAUACAGUGUGCAACACCUGAAGAUCACUUACUUAAGGGCUUGUCGUCGUCGUCGGUUCGGGAGGCUCGGAUGACGUGAUCGCAGUGAAAAUUGUGAAUGAUGCAGCUGGAAUGGAAGAGACGUAUGAGAAAGGACUUAACUGUUGAUUAUACCACAUGCUUAAAUACACAAAUUGUAAUUUUGAGUUUAUAGUAAAAAAA